CCACAAUUAAACUCACGACCAGCAUCCUUCUUCAACAUCUAGAAAUUGAAAAUUAGGAUCGAGAAAUAGAAGCAGAAUUCAAGAUGUCCAGAGAGUCUGCAGACCCGACAGUAGCUCUAGUGACUGGAGCCAACCAGGGCAUCGGCUAUGAGAUUGCCAAGCGAUUAGCCUCAGAACACCCGGACUACCAUAUCUUCAUGACAGGGCGACGGAAAGAAGCCAUUAAAAAGGCAGCUUCGGAGCUCCAGGAAGCCGGCUUGAACGUUGAACCUUUGGUACUCGAUAUAACUUCUGACGACAGCAUCAAGUCAGCCGUCGAUAUCAUCCGCACAAAAUUUGGCCAUCUCGACGUCCUCAUCAACAAUGCUGGAAUCCUCUUGGGCAAGCCCGAAGACUCGAUCCGACAAAAGCUCGGGACGGUCUACAACACCAACGUCUUCGGCUCCGUCGCCGUUACAGACGCCUUUAUUCCUCUUCUUGGCGAGUCUUCCAAGGUCAGGCGCGUUGUUUUCGUCAGUUCUGGGCUGGGGAGUCUUGCGAUUCGAACAGACCCUAGUCUGGGACCUGUGAGGGACUUUAUCGAGUAUGGUUCGAGCAAGGCCGCGCUCAACCACGCUGCGAUGACGUUUGCGUCUAGGUACAGGGACGAUAAGAUGUGGAAGUUUAACAUUUGUUGUCCUGGCUACUGCGCGACCAAUAUGAACUCGUACGAGGGGCCUGAUGAAGCGUCAUUGGGAUCGGUUCAGGCGGUGUACUUAGCGACAUUGGGACCUGACGGAGCAUCUGCGACGUUCUCGAAUCGACAUGGGCCGAUUCCGUGGUAGAUAGUUGAUGGAUUGGUUGAGCAUAGGACACGAAGCUGAUGUGCUAUUGAUGUGUUGGUCUGCUAAUCCAGUCCAUGACCUGUAUUUAUUCUAGGUGAAGCAAGCGGCCUUAUCACGGGAACUUUGAAAUCAAUAUAUGUAAGGACAAAGACAAGUUUUCGGGGACUUGUUGUGACCAGG